CAAUGCAUUAUUGAUAAUAAUAAUUACGGUGACAUGCGCAUUUCUACUUGAGGGGCUAAUUUCCCAAGCCCUGAAGAAUUUUUUGUUCAAGAAGGGGAGGAAAAUUGUUUGCAACUCUUUGCUCCUGAUGGUUGCACCAUGUCGAGGCGUAAGCAAGCCAAACCACAGCACAUCAACUCCGACGAGCCUGCUUCGUUAGGAAAUGGGGUUCUUCAAGAUGAUGGAACCGAGGAAUCUGGAAUGGAAGUGAAGCGGUUCAGGAUGGAUGAGACCAGAGUCUGCAACAAGUGUUGUGCAGAAUUCUUCGAUGAGGAAGAAUUCCUUGAGCAUGAGAAAAAUUGCACUAAAAGCCAGCAGGUGGUCAUCAUGAAGGAUGGAGAUGGCAAUGAAGUGUCGGAAGAAUAUUCACAAGGCUCCCCAGAAGGCCUAAUGAGUGACCACGAUGACAGCCAGUCCAGCAGCCAUUCCUUAUCAAAUGUCAACACAGACCAUCUGGAGAGAACGGAGGAAGACACAAGCAUGAAUGCAGAGGACUUGGUACAACAGGAUCAGGAGGAUAUGUCUGCCAGCCCUGAGACUUACCAUCCAUCACACAAAAUGCAGGAUUCAAAUGUCACUCUCGAAGCCAUGGCAGACACUAAAGUGGCCGUCUCUCAACAUUCCUCAAGUAGUGCAUCUCUGGCCACAUCACAGGAAGCCCUGCAGACCCUCCCCAUGAUCCUUGAACAGCUAGUGUGCCUUCAGCAACAGCAGCUACAGCAAAUCCAGCUCACAGAACAGAUUAGGAUCCAAGUAGCCAUGAUGACACCGCAGGGUCUCCAGGCAUCAGUAGGGGCAGUAAUGGACCCUCUGAAAGCCCUUGGUGCGCAUCUUUCCCAACAGUUGUCCUCAGCAGCAGCUCUGAUAGGAAAAAGGACUGGAAGCCAAAGCCUUUCUCUUGAGACGAUGAAGCAAGGCAAAUUACCUCUGCCCACUGGCAUUUCUACCUCUCUCUCUGGAGGACUGAGUUCAGCAACCUCCAAAACAGACCUUUUAAAGGGCAUUCCGGAUCUUGCCAGCCGCCUGCCUGCACUUCUGCCACAGUCACCAGUCAUUGGGUACCCUGGCACCUUCAAUGGUAUCCAACCGGGAAUGGAGCCCUCCAAAAAAGUGAAGACGAAGAUGCUAGGCAUCCCAGCAGAAACAAAAAGUGCUGAAUCAUUAUACAAGCACAAGUGCAAGUACUGCGGAAAGAACUUUGGCAAUGACAGCGCUCUCCAGAUUCACCUGCGUUCUCACACUGGUGAGAGGCCUUUCAAGUGUAACAUUUGUGGAAACCGCUUCACAACCAAAGGAAACCUCAAAGUGCAUUUCCAGAGGCAUAAAGAAAAAUAUCCUAACAUCAGCAUGAACCCACAUCCUGUGCCCGAACACCUUGAUAAUAUUCCCACCAGCAGUGGCAUUCCCUUUGGUAUGUCUGUACCCAUGGAUGACUCAAACAUGACAGAAAUUAAGCCCAUAAUAAGUCAUCCAGCUUCUGGUUUCCACCCAUCAUCUAUACCAGGACUGAAGACGUUUGACGGCUUCUCAGGGGAUCCAUUUUCCCAAAGACCCUCUCCAUCAGCAAGCGAUGGCUCUCCUUCUGUUUCAUCUAAUAUGUUUGCCCAAGAGACACGACUUGAUCCCAGCCAGAAGGAUGCUAAAGAGCUACUCGGUGCGCUGCAUCAAAUGAAUGGUAGUGGCCUCCCAGGAGAACCAAGCUCUGGAACAGCGAAGCUCCAGCAGAUGGUGGAUGGUCUGGAAAAGCGAACCAAUGAUCCCAAUGAAUGUGUCAUCUGCCAUAGGGUGCUCAGCUGUCAAAGCUCGCUAAAAAUGCAUUAUCGCACGCACACCGGCGAGAGGCCUUACAAGUGCAAAAUCUGUGGUCGUGCAUUCUCCACCAAAGGCAACCUCAAGGCCCAUUAUGGAGUACACAGGGCAAACACUCCGCUCAAAAUGCAGCACUCAUGUCCAAUCUGCCAGAAAAAGUUCACCAAUGCUGUGGUUCUGCAGCAGCACAUUCGUAUGCACAUGGGCGGCCAGAUCCCCAACACCCCAAUGCCAGAGAACCAAUUUGAAGCAGCAGAAGCAAUGGAGUCCUCUCUUCCAGAAGAGACCCCACUGGACAGCAAUGGCUUUGAUGCUAGCAUGGAGGAACACGAGCCUGAGCUUAACUCCCAGAAACCAAGCCAAGCUUUGGAUUCACUGCCAUCUUCUUUGGAGGAACAGCCACAGAAAGCUGCUGUCCCUGUCCCAUUUUCUAGCCUUGAUGUUUUGAAGAAUCUCACUUCUGCUCUUGCACUGAAACGACAGAGUAGCACCACUUCUGAAAGUGAGGGGACUGCCAAAGAAUCCCCUUCAGCUCCCAGAGAACCGGAGUAUCAGAAUGGCCGCAGUCCUGCUGUAUCUGACUCUGCCAGGUCCUUAAAUUCCUCUUCGCCAGUUAACACCAACAUGUCCAAUUGCAAGUCUCCUGAGUCUGCUGCUGAGGAACUUUCCCGAAGUGUGCCCAAAACCGAGCCUGAUGGUGGAGCUCAAGGUGCCAGUGAAUCAAGUGGAGCCCUGGAUCUUACAGCGUCCAGCAGCUUCACUCCUAAACCAAUCAAAGAAGAACCUAUUAUCCCAUUCACAAAUGGCGACUAUGUUCCAAGCAACAUGUCCUUCAUGAGGAUACCAUCGAGUCUGGCCAGUCUGGAGAUGAAGAUCCCUCCAGAGAAUCCCUUAGGUCCUCAUGGUUUGUUCAACUCCCAUAUGCCUCAGGGAACAGCCAUGCCCUCCUCCAUCUCCUCGGCACCAAGACGGUCAAGCAAACAGCAUGUGUGCAACGUCUGUAGCAAGAGCUUCUCUUCUGCCAGUGCCUUGCAGAUCCAUGAGCGCACUCAUACCGGGGAGAAGCCUUUUGCAUGCAACAUUUGUGGCAGGGCGUUCACCACAAAGGGAAAUCUAAAGGUACAUAUUGGCACUCACAUGUGGAACAACUCAUCUCGGCGUGGCCAGCGUCUCAGUCUGGAUAACCCCAUGGCACUGAUGGCUAUGAGUUCUGAAGCCAAGAUGUUGCCAGAAAUGAUGCAGGCCCCCAAAGAACUGGCUGCUCCACAAAUGAAUUUUGACCCCUCAUUGUGGAACCAGUAUGCCGCUGCUUUCAGCGGUGGCUUGACCAUGAAGACCAAUGAAAUUUCUGUCAUCCAGGGCGGUGGCAUCCCACUCCCUGGAAGCCCUGCUGGCGGGCCUCUUAUUGGCUCCACUGGAGGCCUCAUGAAGAUGGAUGGACCCCACUCUAGCUUACCUGCCACCAUGGCUGAGAUUGAGAAAAACGGCUCAGAUAGUGUGCCAAAAUCGCAGUUCCCACAUUUCAUGGAGGAGGGUAAAAUUGCAGUUAACUAGGCUUUAUUAGCCGAUUCACCAAUUCACAGGCUGAACUCCUUUUUGAAUGUCUACUUUGUGACUGAGGUACAAUCAGAGAAAAACUUGCAGAGUUCUGCCUAGAUUGUUUGACUUUUCUUAUAACUUCAUUGCAGCUCCCCCCUCACGAUUCUCAAGUGUUAUUUUUUUAGUUGAACUUGAUAUAACUACUGUAGUUGUAUUUUAUUUUAUAUAAAUAUAUAUAUGCGGGUAUUUUUUUUUUCCCUGUGACUUUUUUUGUUUUUGUUUUGCUGUCUCUUCAGAAGUUUGAAUGUAUAACUUACUUGAAACUGCUUCAAUUCUGACUCUUUCCUUAAAACAUUGAAGGAUUUAUAUUAAUAAGAAAGUUUCAGGGCAUGACUUUUAAAGGACACCACGUCUCAGUGUUCAGAAAUAAUGGUCACGUUAACUGUAUGUAUCAAUGACUACUUUCCCUCCUAUUGUGUGCCAUAGAUUUUAUGACAUUGUACAUUUUUGUAGAGAUUCCACUUGCAUGUCUAAUUUGAAGGGGCUUUUCACCAGGCUUUUGGAUUAUUCCAGUUUCUUGUCUAUUAAAUCAAGUUUGGAACAGCUCAGAUAUCAGUUUGUGCAGAUAAUGAAACAUCUUCGUUGCUUUGGUUCUAAGACAAGAACAUCUAAUUUUUUAAAGUGCCUAACCCCAAACAUAGAUGUCCCAGGAGUCUGAGUGAACCAUACAGUUAAGAAGGCUUUGUUGGACUGUAAAUGUAUAAAAAUCUGGUAUAUGUAAAAAUAAUUUAUCAGUCACCAUAAUCCACAUGUAGCUCUGUAGAGUCAAAUGUAGUUGGCUGAGAUCUGAAGGCUACUACAGGCUUGUAUGUUCUCAUGCCUGCACUUUAUUUCCAGUUGAAGAAAUGUUAACAUUUUACGAUCACAUUUCACUGCUUUUUAUCUUCAUGGCUGAAAAAGGAAAGGGCAAAUCAACUAUUUUGUGUACUUUUCUUUCAUGUAAGAUUACUUUUUGAAGCAACCAAAUAACCUUUCAGUCCUUUGUCUAGGUUUUCUUAUCAACUUGUAGCAUCAUUAAUUUAUUUAUAAUUCAAAAAAAUGCUUGAGUUUAGGGGGUAAGUUCUACCUCGUUUAGAUUUUAGUUGUCCUCCGCACCCCCUUGGCUCAACGCUCUGUACAUUUUUUUUGAUACAUUCUUGCGUACGUGAUAAGAUUUUUCAUUCUCAACCUGCUGAGUUGAACAGUAAUGAAUGUAUCACUGGACACUUUACACAACUCAGAAUGGUCGGAGUACUUUGAAGGCCCCUGCUGUACAUUCCUUAUCUAUAUGCAUUUGCCAAGUUGUGCCUUUCUUUAGCAAACCAUGUCAAAACUGCUUUCAAGUUGUCUCUACAAUUCAAGUAAUGUUGAGCCAAUUUGGCCUGUUUACAAUGUAAAUGUUUUCUUGUUUUUCAAAUGUUUCCUUCACCUCAAUGUUUUCUGAUUUUGAAAAAUAAAAUCAGGGUGAGUUUUUUCAA